CGGCGCCCCUGGCCACCGAGUCCACCUGGGCUUCCAGAGUUAGACCUUCUCACCCCCUCAUUUCCUCCCUUGGGAGCUGCAAGGUGGCUGGAUUGAUCCCUCUGAAACGGUCCCCCGCCUUCCACAAGAGAUACCCUCCUCCCCUCAUGAAAGAAAAAAAGGUUCCAGUUUCACUCUGUUCCCACAAGUGAGCCCCGCAAACCCUUGGAGCCGAGCGACCUCAUCGCUGCUCAGCAGGGGCUCAGUCUACUGUACCUGGUCACAAACAGGAGAACCAGAAAUUGAUGGAACCACCUGUUCUGAUAAUGAAAGCAACCAAUUAAGAAGUAGGAAAGAGGAAAAUCCAAUUCCCACAAGGAGGAAAAAAGGCAAAAUGGAAGGCAGAUAAUGGUAGAGCAAAACAAAUCUCCAGGUGAUUUUUAUAAACUCCUGACAAUCCAAAUGUAAUACUAGGAAUAAGGAAAGUGAAAUUGUUCCUUUGGCAGAAAAACUUGCAAGAGUGCCUAGAAGUUGUUGAGUCCACCUAGAGGAAAAGCCAUGUCAAUUCAUGGAGAAAAUGUCACUAUGAAGAAUAUUUCACAUGAAAAACUCCUUGGCGGGGAGAAAAGGUAUAACUGUCUGCAGUGUGGAAAGAGCUUCAGAAGAAGGCAGUACCUAAAUAAACAUCAAAGAACUCACACAGGGGAGAAACCAUAUGAAUGCCUGGAAUGUGGGAAGAGCUUCAGUUGGGGAGAUCAACUUAAUGACCAUCAAAGAACUCAUACGGGAGAGAAGCCAUAUAAGUGCAUAGAAUGCGGGAAAAGCUAUAGCCGAAAGAGUGCCCUACGUUUACAUCAAAGGAUUCACACAGGGGAGAAACCAUAUAAAUGCUUGGAAUGUGGAAACAGCUUCACUUGGAAAGAUCAACUUAGUUCCCAUCAAACAACUCACACAGGAGAGAUGCCAAAUAAAUGCACAGAAUGUGGGAAAAGCUUUAGUCGAAGGAGUGCCCUACAUUUACACCAAAGAACUCACACGGGAGAGAAACCAUAUAAAUGCUUGGAAUGUGGAAAGAGCUUCAGACACAGCGGUAGCCUAACUGCACAUCACAGAAGUCACACAGGGGAGAAACAAUAUAAAUGCCUGGAAUGUGGACGGAGCUUUAAUCGCAGUGAUAGUCUAAGAACACAUCAAAGAAUUCAUACAAGGGCAAAAUCAUAUAAAUGCAUAGAAUGUGGAAAUGUCUUUGGUUCCACCAGUAGCUUAAAUAAACAUUGGAGAAGUCACACAGGGGAGAAAUCAUAUGAAUGCCUGGAAUGUGGACAGAUAUUCAGUCAGAGCAGUUCCCUACGUUUACAUGAAAGAACUCACAAAGGGGAUAAACCAUAUGAAUGCAUGGAAUGCGGAAAGAGAUACAGUAAGAAUUGGUACCUUAGAGCCCAUCAAAGAAUUCAUACAGGGGAGAAACCAUAUAAAUGCCUGGAAUGUGGAAAGAGUUUCAGGUUCAGCAGUUCCCUAAGGUUGCAUAAAAGAAUUCACACUGGAGAACAACCAUAUAAAUGCAUGGACUGUGGGCGGAGCUUUAAUCACAGUGGUAGCCUGAGAAUGCAUCAAAGAAUUCAUACAGGGAAGAAAUCAUAUAAAUGCUUGGAAUGUGGAAAGAACUUCAGCCACAGCAGUAGUCGAAAUGCACAUCAGAGAACACAUAGAGGGGAGAAACCAUAUGAAUGCCUGGAAUGUGGUAAGAGCUUCAAUCAGAGCAGUUCCCUACAUUUACAUGAAAGAAUUCACACAGGGGAUAAACCAUAUGAUUGCAUGCAAUGUGGAAAGCGCUUCAGUCAGAGAGCUCACCUUAGUUCCCAUCAAAGAAUUCACAGUGCAGAAAAACCAUAUAAUUGCACGGAAUGUGGACUGAGCUUUAAACGGAAUGAUAACCUGAGGUUACAUCAAAGUAUUCACACAGGGGAGAAAUCAUAUAAAUGUUUGGAAUGUGGAAAGAACUUCAGUCACAGCAGUAACCUAAAUGUACAUCAGAGAACUCACACAGGGGAGAAACCAUAUAAUUGCAUGGAAUGUGGGAAGGGAUUCAGUCGGAAAGAUUACCUUCGUUCCCAUCAAAGAAUUCACACAGGGGAGAAGCCAUAUAAAUGCAUAGAAUGUGGGAAGAUGUUCAGUAAAAGUAGUGCCCUACGUUACCAUCAAAAAACUCACACAGGGGGUCUAGAAAUUAUAAAAUGACAAUGGCAACAUCUUAUAAAGAGAACUUAUAUAAAAUGUUUAUAGAUGCCAUUUACCAUCUGAUAGAAUGUACUAGAAUGUGCUAAAAUGUACUCUAGUCUAAUAGGUUAAGUAAAUGCUGGAAAUGUCAUAAAAAACUGGAACUUAUGAUCAUCUUUGGUGGACCUGUGAUAAAGCAAUUUUUUUAAAAAAAAUAAUAAUAAAAAACAUUUAGAUUUUAA